CUCGGCGCACUUGGUCUGUUUCUCUGCUCCCGGAGUCUUACCGACUACCUUCACUGCGCCGGAUAUGAGAACUAUUCGUGAUCGAGUCGCGGUUUUUGAACAGUCGGGAAAUGAUCCCUGGAACAGGCGGGAUUCGGAGCUAUAUCAUGCGUUAACGGAACCAGGACCCGAGUCCUCCACUCGUUUAAUAUUCACCGACUCCGAGCCUCUCGAGGGACCCAUCCCGAUCAAUUUUCCCGAAGGGUUCAGCUCUAUACUCAACGAUGACCUCAACGGUUCUUUUUUCUGCGACUACAUCGCAUCGGACGACGAUGACGAUAAAAUCGUCCGCCAUAUAUCAUGGACCUGUUUCAAGGUUAAAAUGGUCCUCAAACCUAAAGAAUACAGAUGGGUUCAGGCAUCCCUUGUAAUCGACUGGACGAUGGCCGACAACCGACAAACCGUUCUCGUGCUCAAUCUCCCCGAGCCCCAACAGCUCCAAAUCCAGCACAAACUACCGCAGAUAAAAGCCCGCUUGAACCCUUUCAGAUGGCAUAUGGAAUUUUCCAGCACUCUUAUUACUCUAUACGACGCAUCGAUCUGGUCCUUGCGGGAUUUAGUCCGUGCUAUAGAAAAGGCCAGAGAUAAACCCAACCACCCACCCCCAGACUUCCCUCACCUACACGACAUCGGCCGACACAUCUUCCACUCCACCGAGACGCUCGAGAUCGCCGAAAACACCGUUAAGAAUCUUGUGGACGAGCAGGCUCGCUGGCGCGAUGAGUUCCCGGAGUCUCGACAAAAGGGCCGCGGUGUGUAUCUGCACACGCAGCAGCGGCUCUACAGUCUCUCAAAGCAACUUCAUUCACUAAAGACGAGAUCCCGAUCGUUGACGGAGAGGUUGCAUAACGAGAUUAACCUUGCAUUCAACAUCGUCUCCCAACGCUACGGCCGCGACGCGCAAUCCGAUUCCGCCAUGAUGAAAACCGUCGGAGUCGUCAGUCUCGUCUAUCUACCUGGGACAUUCGUUUCGGGCCUCUUCGGGACCAACUUCUUCGACUUCGCGCCGGGCGACGACAGCGAUUGGAAGACGGCCAGCACGUUCUGGAUGUACUGGGCGGUGACGAUUCCGCUGACGCUGGUGACGGUGGUGAUUUGGGCGCUGUGGCAUUGGCGGGCGCUGUUGAGGGUGUGGUGGGAGGGGAGACGGAGGGGGAGGGGGAGGAAGGAGAAGGAGGGUGGUGUUUAGUUCUUUGUGUCUAGUUGACGCUGGUGUUUGUUUUUUAUGGUUUUUUUCUUGGGUGUUUGCUGGUACUAUAUAAAUUGUCGGUUUGGGGUGGGAUGGGUUGGGAUAUAUACUUUUGUGGUCGGGGGUGCUAUAUAUUUGACGACCUUGAUGAAUAGACGAUAGCGACAAG